UGACCUAUCGGAGCAACAACAAAACUUGAUUAGCCAGACAACAAAAACGCUGUAAAUUUGUCACAAAAUGCCUCGUGAGGCAAAGCAAGACUACUGGAUAAAUGAGAGCAUUAAAGAUAAAAGAUUUGAGGACUAUUACCUACAGCUAACUGAACUUGGAAGAGGUGCAACAUCAGUAGUGGUCAAAGUUGAGGAAAAAGGGACACAACAGAAAUGGGCUGCCAAAAUUAUCCACAAAAGGGUGGACAAGAAAGUCAUUAACUCAGAGAUUGGAAUCCUCCUAAAACUGAAGCACAAGAAUGUGAUUCGGCUAAAAGAGAUCUAUGAGAGCCCCACAGACAUCUAUCUUAUUCUUGAGCUGGUCAAAGGAGGUGAACUUUUUGACAGAAUUGUAAAUCGUGGUUACUACUCAGAGAAAGAUGCUUCUAAAGCUGUCCAACAAAUGCUUGUUGCAGUCAAGUAUCUGCAUGAGAAUGAAGUUGUACACCGAGAUUUGAAGCCUGAAAACCUUUUGUAUGAAGAUUUAACUGAUGAAUCCAAUCUCAAAGUUGCUGACUUUGGUCUCUCCAAAAUCAUAGAAAGAGAGGUGACAAUGAACACAGUGUGUGGGACCCCCGGAUAUUGUGCCCCUGAGGUUCUGGCUGGUAGACCAUACUCUUAUCCUGUAGACAUGUGGAGCAUUGGAGUCAUCACAUAUAUCUUGUUAUGUGGUUAUGAGCCAUUUUACAGUGAAAAUGAGAGGACAAUGUACAAGAAAAUUCUGAAGGCAGAAUAUGAAUUUCACACACCAUUCUGGAACAACAUCAGUGAAAAUGCCAAGGACUUUGUCAGAAAGAUGCUUCAGUUGGACCCAAAGAAACGCCUGACGGAGGUCCAGGCCCUCAACCACAAGUGGGUCCAGGGUGUGGCAGCCAAGAGUGAGCAUAUGCCAGAAACUCACGAAAAGAUCAAGGAAUUCAAUGCCACAAGGAAAAUGAAGGCAAUAACAGAUGCAACUCUUCUGGCAUCUCGAGCGGCACGAGUCACCAGUAUUUUAAAUCAAAAACAAUCCACGAGCGAUGUGUCCAUGCAGUCUGUGUCAGAGCCAAUGGAGCAUUAAUUACAACACAGUGUCAAUCUUAUGUUUUGAUAAUUUAUAUUGUUUUGUAUCAUAUUUUUAUUCUGUCUGUGAUAGUAUUGUGAAUUAACUUUUUAUAUUUCUUUAUAUUUUUGUGCAGAUUCCAAUUUAUAUUUUAAUAGAAAUACAUGUACAAUGUACACUUUCAUUAUUUUUUCUGUAAAUGAACUAUUUUGCAACAAUUCUUGACAUUUUUAAUACU